AUGAACGGUACCUCGCUCCUUCGCACCGCCCGUCAGGCGGUCAAUGGCCUUCAAUUUAGAGCCUACUCAUCGGCCUCGACAGGUUCUCCUCGGCAUUUGCUCUCCAUUGGCGACCUCUCGCCCAACGAGUUCGCGACGCUCGUCCGCAAUGCCGCCAAGCACAAGCAAGCGGUCAAGGCCACCCAGCCCGCCAUGUCGCUGAGCACGAGCCUGUCCAACAAGACUGUGGCCAUGAUGUUCAGCAAGCGAAGCACGCGAACGCGUGUCUCGACAGAGGCGGCGGUCACAUUGAUGGGUGGGCACCCAAUGUUCCUGGGCAAGGAUGACAUCCAGCUUGGUGUGAACGAGUCCCUCUAUGACACGUCCGUUGUCAUCUCGUCCAUGGUGCAGUGCAUGGUUGCUCGCGUGGGCCCUCACUCGGAUGUCGCUGGUCUUGCCCAGAGCUCGAGCGUCCCCGUCAUCAACGCUCUGUCCGAUGACUAUCACCCGCUCCAGAUCAUCGCCGACUUCCUCACCAUCCACGAGGCUUUCCCUUCACAAGCUGCCGGUGUCGACCUGGGCUUGCAGGGCCUCAAGGUUGCUUGGGUCGGUGACGCCAACAACGUGCUCUUUGACUUGGCCACCGCCUGCGUGAUGAUGGGGGUCGAUAUCUCCGUGGCUACACCCAAGGGCUAUGAGAUCCCAGAAAAGAUGCGCAACGUCAUCAACUCGGCAUCGAAAGGCGUAGGCAAGCCUGGCAAAUUGAACGAGACCAACGUCCCCGAAGAGGCGAUCAAGGACGCUGACAUUCUUGUGACCGAUACUUGGGUCUCCAUGGGCCAAGAAGAGGAGGCUAAGCGCCGCAUGGCUGCAUUUGCCGGUUACCAGAUCACCACUGAACUGGCGAAGCGUGGUGGUGCUAAGGAGGGCUGGAAGUUCAUGCACUGCCUGCCUCGACACCCAGAGGAAGUGUCCGAUGAGGUCUUUUACAGCGAUCGAUCCCUCGUGUUUCCUGAAGCUGAGAACCGUCUUUGGGCCGCUGUCGCUGCUCUAGAAGCCUUUGUGGUCAACAAAGGUCAAAUUUAG